AUGAUGCUGGAGAAGGACAAAGGCAAGGGUGAUGAGAUGAUGCUGGAGAAGGACAGAGGCAAAGAACUGAGAGAUGAGGAAAGAUAUGGUCUUUAUUUUGCCUUAGAAGUAAUCAGAAGAAGAGAUGGAGGUUUUACGAAAGAGGAUAAGCAACUCAUAGCAGAAAUGCUCAACACAAGUAUACGAACAGUCGAAAGGGUGUGGAACUUAGGCAAGAAUCAGAUUGCAGAAGGGAAACGAAGAGUUGAUGUUUCGAACCAAAAGAAGGGUCAUGUUGGCCCAUUUCAACUAAAGCGCUUCACGGUUACCCUUGAUGGUUACAUUGAGAAAAUUGACAAACAUGUGGCAUACCCAUCACAACUUGAUUUGCAGCUAUUCCACACUAACCCAGACAAAGAGGGCCUAAAAUAUGAUUUGUAUGGCGUUGUUAAGCAUUCUGGCUUGCCUAACUUUGGCCACUACAUGUGCACCAUUCGUUCUUCACCAACUAGUUGGCACUUGAUGAAUGACUCACUUGUUGAUUCAAUUACUGAGACAAGCGCACUAAACCAAGAAGCGUAUCUGCUCUUCUAUGUUAGGCAUGGCAUGUUUCCAUGGUUCUCAAGUUUAUUACAGGAAGCUAAUAGUGGUGUCCCUAGUGCUACCAAGAGGAUGUACCCUGUUAAUGACCAUAAUGUGUUUGCCUUUGAAAACUUGGUGAUCGAACAUCAAAUGAAUAUGAAGAAGCAAAAGGGUGCAGAUUUGUCUACAUCUUCCGAAAGCUCUUCCCUGGAUCAGAAUGCAUCACGGGUACCGACGGGCAUGGCGUCUGUAAAAAGAAAAUGUGGCCUCAAAAGAUUAGAUUCACCCAAUGUGGUGCUUUGUUGA